AUGGCAGUCCCCAGCGCAUCCCCGCCGCCACCAAUAACCCUCCUCCUCUUCAACGGCCUCAUAAUCCUCGCCUUCCUCUCAAUCCCCUUCAUCGCGCUCCGCAUACUCUUCCUCCUCCCACCCCUGCGGCCCCCGCCGCGCCCCCGCCGACGUCCAGGUGGAAGUAAUAGCAACAGCACGACCACCACCGAAGGUUCCGCAGCAGCAGCAGCAGCAGCCGAAUCGCUCCUCCUCCAAGGCGCCGAGCAGGAUGAUGACAACGACGACGGCGACGGCGACGGAGAGGGCGACGAAGAGCGCUACCGCAGGCGACACGCGAUACGAGAAGCCACGCGGCUCGUCGUGGUGCUCGGCAGCGGCGGGCACACGGCCGAGAUGCUGGCCAUGCUGCGCAAGCUGGACGCGCGGACCUUCCUGCGCAGCUGGUCGCAGCGGACGUACGUCGUCUCCGAGGGUGACGGGUUCAGCGCGGAGCGGGCGCGGGAGUUUGAGGAGGGGCUGCUUGAUGCGGUGGGGAGGAGGAGGGUGAAGGGGAGGACGAGCAAGGUAGACGGGGAGGAGGAGGCGGGGGCGGAGGAGGCGGAGGCGGAGGGAAAAAAGGACGAACGGAACGGCAACGAAGGAGCAAUGGCGGCGGCGGCAGCAGAGGAGCAGCAGCAGCAGCAGCAGCACAACGCCAACGCCUCCCGCCACAGCGAUGCUGAAAAGGACGAACCCACUCCAGGCACCUACACGCUGCACACGGUCCCCCGCGCGCGCGCGAUCCACCAACCCCUCCUCACCACGCCCCUCUCCGCCCUACGCUGCCUCGCGUCCUGCCUCUCCAUCCUCCACGAGAGCAGCAACAGCAGCAGCGGCGCCAGAUCCCCGCCGCCCGACCUCAUCCUCGCCAACGGGCCGGGCACCGCCGUCGUCGUCAUCCUCGCCGCGGUGCUCCUGCGCUUCUUCGACCUCAACGACGCGCGCGGCACGAGCCGGAUCCGGACCGUCUACGUCGAGAGCUGGGCGCGCGUGACGCGGCUGAGCCUGAGCGGCCGGCUGCUGCUGCCCGUGGUGGACAGGUUCGUCGUGCAGUGGGAAGGGCUGGUCGGGAGGACGGGGGGCAAGGGGGAGUUUUUGGGGGUGUUGGUUUAG